AUGAGGCUCCUAAAUACAGAGAUAGUCGAGGUCAUCGAGGUGUACGGGAGCGAUAUACCGCGAUACGCAAUUUUAUCCCACACAUGGUCUGAUGGCGAGAUCCUGAUUCAGGAAUUGGAGGACCCUCGUCUACGUGAUGCAGCAUGGAAAGACCUUACCCGCAAAUUGCCGAAGGGUAUGCGAGAAAAUAAGAGGAGAGCAUUUGACAAGCUUGUCAAGAGCACUAUGAUUGCUCGUCAAAGGGGGUAUGAUCAUAUUUGGGUCGAUACGUGCUGCAUCGACAAGUCGAGCAGUGCUGAGCUAUCCGAGGCAAUUAAUUCCAUGUACCGCUGGUACGCCGAGGCGAGUGCCUGCUACGCGUAUUUAGCUGAUGUUCCACCUGCCGGAACCGAGGACAUUUUCCAGCAGGCCUCGAAGUUUCGCCAGAGCCGCUGGUUUACUCGAGGAUGGACGCUCCAGGAGCUUAUUGCCUCUCCAAAUGUCGAGUUUCUAGCCAGUGACUGGACGUAUCUUGGAGCAAAAACGGGGGAUAUGGAUUUUACCAAGCUGCUAGUAGAUAUCACAGGUAUCCAACUUGAGGUACUGACAGGGGAGAUGAGUCCUCAAGACGUGAGCGUUGCUGCACGAAUGCAUUGGGCAGCAGAUCGACAGACCUCGCGUAUCGAAGACAUCGCUUAUUGUCUUCUAGGAAUAUUCGAUGUCAAUAUGCCCCUACUUUACGGCGAGGGCAAGAGGUCCUUCACCAGGUUGCAGGAGGCGAUUCUAGCAAAGGAAGAUGACCAGUCAAUAUUUGCCUGGCAUUCGGAUUCAGAGAGCACCGAUGCCACCGGCGGCAAGAGCCAGUUGAGUCAAAUGAAUGGCCUGUUGGCCGACUCACCCAGCAGAUUCUGGGAUAAAAGCGAUAUAGAAACUACGAUGCCCUUGACCCUCUCAGGGGAGCCACCAACAGUUACAAGCCGGGGCCUGGGAGUCGACUUUCUUCUCUUACCUUGCCCCAAAAUCCAAAUGGUCGACGCCGACUUUCGAGUUAUUUUGAAUUGCGAGAGAUUCCGGAAGGGGAAGCGACAGUCUCCUGUUAUCUAUCUCAAGAGGAUAUGGGGCAUGGGUAACCAGUUUGCCCGUGUGGGAUCCGAUUUCAAGUCAUUUGUGCCCGCCAACAUCAGCCUUCUUGACGGCGGCUUCUACGAGCGCGUGUUCGUGAAACAGAAUCCCGCUGCAGAUAUUCGCACAGUACGGAUCAUGGCCGUAAAGGACCGCUCUGAACCACAGCUCCCGACUGGUAUCGGUCAGACUGCCGAGUGGAAGAUCAAGGAUGCUUGGCCUAAGCACGGCUGGACAGAGGCGACUCAGACCCUGCAAACUCAGCAUCUGACGUUUGGAUUACCAUGCGGAAUAAUUCGCAUCGAAGUUCCACAGAAUGGAUACACUCUGACAAUAGAUGUCGCUAUCGGAAUGCACGCCCAAAACGAGCGUCUGUGCCGUAGUUGGUGUCAGAUCAUGACGGUCAACCCAACAUUCCUGCCCGAGGGCAUGUUUUCAUGGGCGACACAUGAAGCUCAGUCGGGAAACAUCCAGUAUAAAAACCUUUCCACACAUAACUUUGAUGGUAUCGAUGUGAAGCCUUGGGUUUUCGUGACUGAGCGGAACCGAAAGAAGACGCUGGAUAUCGUGGUACAUGUCUUAUCAGGCAGUCCUUCGGUUGGAGAAAAUAAGAGCCGCGCCCGCGAGAUCUAUGGCCAGAUCAUACCAGUAGAGACUCUCCCUCAGGAAGAACGUAUGAGUGUACCUGGUGCCGGCAGUCCUGAUCUUUUACUAGACCCUGUAUCUGUACAGAGGAAUCAGGCUUGGAAUAGCUGGUCCCGCGGGGUCGUUGCCAUGAUGGAAGAAAUUUCAGUUAUUGAUACUAUCGAAACAAGUGUCUUCUCGCGGUUGGGCUUCGGUUCGAAAGUACGGAUUAAAGCCCAACAUGGCGAUGGCGUCUCUCACGAAUCUCUGUUGAAGUAUUGCUUGUCUGCCCUGCCAGCAAGCGACACGGAGACACGCAAACUCGUGCGCGUUCUUCGUGGAGAGAAUCAAGAUGACUUAGACAACUGUUUCGAAGCGUCCAAAACUUUGGAGAGUAAACCGGACUCAUUCCUUCAGCUCCGACCCAUUCAAUGGGCAGUUUUGGGUGGCAACCUGGACGUUGUACGCACUCUAGUUAUCGCGGGCAUCGACGUUCGUGGCAAGUCCGACAGACGGCUCACAAGUCUCCAUCUCGCCCUUAUUCUCCCCGAUGCAGAAAUAUUUCAUUAUGUUUGCCGCAGGAUCGAGGCGCUUUCACCGCCAGUUCCUGUUUCUGAAGCUUCACUCUCCACCUUCACUGAACCUGGUCCGGCUGUUGAGGACUGGGAGCCAACUGUCAUUAAUCUUGACCGACCGGCACACUUUGCUGCUUCCUACGCAACAUCCCCUGCAUUUUGGGCCAAACAUGGGCUUGGUGUGUGGGAUGACAUUCGACGUGGAAACCGACUUGGGGAGAGACCAAUUCACAGGGCUGCCGCCAUGGGUAACGUGAAUGCUCUCGAAUUCAUUCUCCGCAACGAUGAAUCCUCGAUGACUGGCCAAUGUAACAUAACCGACGAUAGGGGGAGGACACCACUUUGGCAUGCAGCAUGCUCUGAUUAUUCAGGAUCUAUCACGGCGAUGUUGCUUUCGCAUGGUGCAGAUCCUAAUUUUCCCUGCGAAAAUGGUCUUGCCCCGAUUCACAUAGCUUGUCGCCAAGGCACCGCAGGUUGUCUGAAAGAAUUAAUUUCGAAUGGAGUGAGCCUGGCCCUUCCUACGGCAACCAAUAUUUUACCUGCUCAUUUUGCUGCGAUAUUUGGUCACCAAGCUUGUUUGGAGGUCUUGCUGGCCCAUAAUGCUCCCAUGAAAUCGUAUCUCACAGACAUCCCCAAUGUCCAGCAGCUUUCCGCACUUCACCUCGCCGUUGCCAACGGAAAGGAAGAAUGUGCUCGAUCUAUUUGGAAUUCAUCAUCAUGCAACAGAGAUGAGCUGAAGUUGCGAGAAUGGAAGCUCUGUGUCUUGGUCGAGCCGUCAGGUCCCAAAAUUCACUGGAUGUACAUUGAGAUCACUGACAAGCACUGGUUUGCGGUUGAGCAGUCUAAAAUAGAUCAGGGAACCCGUGAUUUUGUCCUACUGAGCGAUGAAGCCACUUUGCCUGCUUUCUGGGUUCGGCCUGCCCUUGACAGCGAACAUUCUCAAGUUGUAUGA